ACCAACAUCUUGAGAAAGUACGUCGGACUGCUGGAUGCGGCGCUGUCGUACUGGCUGGCGCGCCGGAAGGAGGACGAGAAGGAAGAGGAGCGCCAAUUCGUGUUUGUCUGCAAACCGAGGUGGAACUACAACGCGAUGGCGCUGCACCGGAGUCAGUUUGUGUGGUACCGCCGCCUCUUUGUGGCUUUCUCGCGCUACACUUUCAUCAACACCUUCCGCUCGCUGUUGACAGUUGGCAAGGCUGAUCUUCCGGCAGAGCAGAAGAAGACGCAGUAA